AUGCAAAUGUGUGGUCCGGUUGGAGAGCUCAAUUCCUUGGAAGACGAAGUAUUUAUCACUCUAGAAAACUUGACGUUUAGAAGAUCUAGUCUCAAAACCGGGCAGGGAGAACUGGAACAGCUCUUCAAUCAUCCGAAUGUGAUUGAUAUCAAAUUAGGACAAAAGCUACACGAUGACCAAGCUACCCAGGCAAAAAGUCAGCGGAUGAGUAGGGUUGCACUCGAGACCACAACCGCUGAAUUUGGGAUGCGUUUGACGGGCGCCCAGCUAUGGGAUAACCAUCAGUGUGAAUAUUUAGGAAUCCCGAAAUCGUUCGGCAAAACUAUCGAUCGAACGGGGACCGAUCUACAGAACAAGUUUAAUACUUUCUUUCCAAUCUCAGAUUCUAGGCCGAGACAUGAAGCUGGGGCCCAAGAAGUACUCGACGGACUGACAUAUUCUGCGGGAGGAAUCCCAUCGAAGCUACUCAAACAAAUCGUCGAUCGAUCGAUCAUCCCAAAAAUCAUCAGGAUUCGCAACUAUCUCUCCUCCUUUAACUGGCGAAUCUAUGGUGCCAGUCUGUUGGUCGUCUUCGAGGCAGAUCUGAGUACUCUAGAGGGUAUCCUCCACGAGUCAUCUCACUCUGACCAGCCGGAUCAAAUCAUGCAGGAUAUCGCUUCGGUCAAAGUUAUCGAUUUCGCACAUGUCCAGUUGGCCGAUAGUCCUGAUCACGGGCUCUUGAAAGGUCUCCAGUCCACAUUGAAUCUAUUUCAUCGACUAUCCCUCCAACUUGGCUCGAUAUAA